AUGGCCUCCGACGCUGCUGUGAGCGGCUUUGCCGAUCACGCCCUGCUCGUCGAGGCGAUACGAGCAUUGACCGUUGCGCAGGCAAAGGCGCUCAUCAAGGACCUCAACAACGAACCUGACAUUGCAUGCGGUCAUCUCGCCCUCUCUGGUAACAAGCCUGAGAUCAUCAACCGCAUCACCACCUCGCUCACAGAACGCAAGAACCAGGGCGAUAUCCGGGGCUAUCAAAAGUUCCGCACCCUCAUCCUCAGGUACAAGGGGCCCCCUAUAGCGAACCCUUACUAUGGCAGAAAUGGCGUCACCACCCCCACUGCUACCACAAGUGCAGGCACGUAUGGUGGCCUCGGCGCCGCUGCAGCAGCGUCCUCCUCUUCACUCCCCGCCCGGCCCAUCGGUUCCGCAGGCGCGACCCGCAUCAACUUCCGCCCUUCGCCAUUCUACGAGAUCAAGCAGUUUGCCUCUUCCAUCGUUCAGUGCCAGGAGGCACCCACGCAGGCCGACCGCAAGAAUGCCGUGCUCUUCGUCAACCUCACCCCGGAGCAGUGCGAACAACUCAAGACGCCCAAGUACCAGCUUCGACUGUUCUGCACCACCGUCGAGGCACACGCUGCCUCGCUCUCGGGGCGGAACCCUGCCAUGGUCGAGUUCCCGCUUACCUGCGAGGCGCGCGUCAACAACCAUACCCUCUCCAUCAACCUUCGUGGGAGCAAGAAGAAUGCGGGUCGAGUGCCACCUCCCAAUCUCAACAAGGACAACAUGCUCGUAUUAAGAGGCGACGGGCGACCCAACCGCAUCGAGCUGACCUACACCAACGCCCCCAAACGCCACGUCCUCGUCGCUGCCAUCUGCGAGAUCACUACCGUGGAAACCCUCGUCGAGCGUCUCCGAUCCAAGCAGCUGCGAAGCAAGGAAGAGGUGCUUAUGCGCAUGCGCAAGGAGGCCGAAGACGACGAUAUCGAAGCUGGCGCGGCCACAAUGAGCUUGAAGUGCCCCUUCAGCUACAUGCGUAUCACCACUCCGUGCCGGUCCAUCUAUUGCUCGCAUGUGCAGUGCUUUGAUGCAUACAGCUUCUUCUCGAUUAACGAACAGACUCCUUCGUGGGCGUGUCCUACCUGCCACAAGACUAUCAAGCCAGAGGAUCUACUGAUGGACGGUUACGUCGACGAUAUCCUCAAGAAGGUUCCGCAGGAUGAGGAAUCGGUGAUCAUCGAGCCGGAUGGUCAGUGGCACACUGCGGAUGGCAAGAUCACCUCGAGCGGGACAGCGCGGCCCGUGUCGGUUUCCGCGGGAACGCCGGUAGAGGAUCGAUUAGCUUCUCGCGACUCGGAGGAUGUGAAGCCUGGCCUCAGCGCUCUUGCUGCGAAGCCCAACGGUGCUAAGAGAGCCUCGCCCGACGAGAUCGUUUUGCUGGACAGUCCGUCUCCUCCGCCAACGACAGCGGCAGCACCGACAUCAGCACUCAGAGAAUCGAGCGCCGUACCACCUGCCAGCAACGGCAUGGCCCCCGCAGUAGCCUCACACGCCAUAGCACGGCCAGCAGACGCUGUACCGCGACACGAGCGUAUCGACUUGCUUAACGCUAGCAGCGCGUCGACGAGUGCGCGCAACUCUCCUGCGACUGGAGGUGGUGCGGGUGAUGUGAUCGAUUUGACGCUGGACAGCGACGAUGAUAGCGAGCCGUCGGUGCCGACGCGUGCUGCACCGAGCAAUGGUGCCCACCUUCAUGCGCCCUCCAAGAGCAUAGCCAGCGGCCAUCACAGUCAUGCCAUCCCGAAUCAUGUCAGUAGCAGCAGCAGCACCACCACCAACCUAGCCGGCAGAGGCGGUGCAUUCAUAAACUAUUCCUCCCCUGCCUCGGCGACGCCCCAUCGCAAUGGGCCUUUUGCUGCAGCCAUGUCGCGCGUAGAUGCGACCCCGGAAGACGAGCAGAUUCGACGUCCUGGGAAAAGACCACGCACCGAAGGCAUCCCAACGCCGAGCGACCCUCGUCUUGUCAAUGUCCGACGACCUGGAUCGAGUGGAGGCGAGGAGGCAAGCAGGACGGCGUUGCCAGCAUCGUAUCUAGACGUUGUUGGCGCGAAUGGCAGCAGGGGCAACGGAAGCGGUUAUGCAGGAGCAGCAAGUGGUAGCGAAGUAGGAGGCGGAGGAGUAGCAGCAGCGAGCUCCACGGCGAGAGGCACGUAUCGUGAUAUAGCAGCGGGGCGGGGCGCGGGCGAGGACGACGAAGGGGACGAUUCGUGGAUGGACAAUACCAACGCCAGCGAUCAAGACCACUACCUGAACGAGGACGAAUGGUGGCCAUAA